UGCGUCGCUCUCACAGACCCGCAUCGACCGUCGACGCGGUCGGGCCCGCACGUAAGUCGAGGACGACGCCCACGAGUACGCGUGCUCUUGCCGCCGACGACGCCGCACGCUCAUGGCUCGAAGACGCGGCGUGUUCGGACCCCUGGCCCUGGGCACCGCGCUCGCGUCCGCGGUGCUCGCGGCUGCCCUCUCGCUGCCUCCGGCUUCGAUGGCCCUGACACUGGCUCCGGACCCCGAGUCCGGAACCGAGCCCGGCGAUAUCGUCGGACCCACGCCGCACCGACCCCGCUACCUGGGACCCUGCAACAGGGUGCCGCCGGGAGUGGUCACCGACCGGUCGCCCGGCUACAACAACUUCAGCAUCGUCAUUUCGGGCAACCCGAAGAAGUACGUGCCCGGAGAGGCGUACACAGUAUCCAUACAAGGGCGCAAGGAGGCGCUGGGAGGAGCGACGUCGCAGAAAUUUAUAGGAUUCAUGCUGGUAGUGGAAUCCCAGGAUCAAAAUAGAAUCACCCAAGACGUGGGAAGUUUUCAGUUAUUCGGCGAUGCGUUGUCUAAAUUUUCAGAAGACUGCCCGCACGCGGUGGUGCAGACUUCGCUCGUCCACAAGGCCGAGGUGAGCGUACUCUGGGUCGCACCGCCGGCGGGCUCCGGAUGUGUUCUUUUCAAAGCUACAGUAGUGGAAAAUCGGGACGCAUGGUACAUGGACGAAGGAGAACUUACCAAGGAGCUAUGCCAAGAAGAGCAGCAGAACGACGACGAGCAACCAGAAGUGCUUGACGAAUGUUGCGCCUGCGACGAAGCCAAGUACGAGAUGACCUUCGAGGGACUCUGGUCGAGAUAUACGCACCCCAAGGGAUUCCCGGACAACGAGUGGCUGACCCAUUUUUCGGACAUAAUCGGCUCACACGCGGCCGACUUCAAGAUGUGGGAGUACGAGGGAUUCGCCUCGGAGGGAGUCAAGAGCGUCGCCGAGCACGGCGCCACCAAGAAGCUCGAGUCUGAGCUCAAAGCCGAGUCGGGCAAGAUCAGGACCAUCGUGAAGGCCCGAGGUCUGUGGUACCCGAACGUGAAUGGCAAGACGUUCGCCGUGUUCCGCGUAGACAAGAAGCACCACGUGAUGUCUGUACUCUCCAUGCUGGGCCCGAGCCCGGACUGGAUCGUGGGCGUCAGCUCGCUCGAGCUUUGCCUCAAGAACUGCUCCUGGAUCACCGAGAAGACCAUGAACCUCUACCCGUGGGACGCAGGGACCAGCGAGGGCGUCACGUACGUCAUUGGUCAGCGCGAAGCCACAUCGCCCCAACAGCGGAUCCAGAAGAUCACGUCAAGUCACCCGCACCACCCGGACUCGCCUUUCUACGACCCCACAGGGGCCCCCAUGAAGCCCGUGGCCCGCUUGACGGUCACGAGGCAACGCAUCUACGAGAAGUCGUGCGACGAGGACGUCGAGCCCAACACGCCAGUGCCGCUGGAGACGCCCUCUCCCGUCGACUUGAGGCCCGAGUGUGCCGUCACCGAGUGGUCCAGCUUCGGGUCUUGCAGCGUGACGUGCGGAAAGGGCGUGAGGACGCGGACGCGCAACUUCAUCAUGCGCGACAAGGCGUUCAUGUUCAGCUGCAAGACUCCGCUGGUGGACCAGGAGAUGUGCGAGAUGGACUGUGCCGGGGGCGUGAGCUGCGAGACUACGCCGUGGAGUGAGUGGAGCGAAUGCAGCGUCACCUGCGGCAAAGGUGUGCGCAUCCGUCAGCGAAAGUACAAGCAGCACAUGGCCAGGAAGCGCUGCACGCUCGAUCUCAUGGAGAAGGAGAUGUGCGUCGCCGACAUGCCCACCUGCAAGGACGCCCCCGAAGUGUUGGACCCGAACUGCGCGGUGACCCAGUGGGCUGAGUGGUCUCCGUGCACGGCCACGUGCGGCAAGGGGAUCAAGAUCCGCACCCGGGCCUACCUGAACGCUAUGGCGGCCGCCAUGGCUAUGUGCAACGUGGAGCAGAUUCAGAAGGCCCCCUGCAUGGCUGAGAACACUGACUGCAAGAUCGACAGCCAGGAGGCGCACGAAAUCUGCCUGCUGCCUAAGGACAUCGGACCGUGUCGGGGCUACUUCCCGCGUUGGUACUACGACUCCACCAAGCGCAUGUGCCUACAGUUCGUCUACGGAGGAUGCCGCGGCAACAGGAACAGAUUCGAGCGAUAUGCGGAGUGCAACAAAAUGUGCGAGGUCACAAUAUCACAGAUAACGCAAGGACUCCUGUCGCCUUCGGCACUGGGCCAAAGCUACGCCAUGAAAGACACCACGCUGCACGUCGAAAAGGGCCUUGUCUGUGCGCCCAUCGGCAAGCUGAACGGUAUGGCGCCGGUCAACGUGCUUCCGACGACGAGCGACGAGCCGACGUCGCCGGUCAUCGACUGCGUGCUGACGCCGUGGUCCCAGUGGGGUCCCUGCUCCAAGACGUGCGGCAACGGGCGCCGCGAGCGACGGCGCAUGAUCAAGCUGAACCCGCAGAACGGCGGCAAGCCGUGUCCCAAGCGACUGGUCCAGAGGCGAAAGUGCAAGGAGAACCCGCCGUGCCAGGACACGAAGGAAUCGAGAAAAGGGAAAAAAGACCGGAACAAAGCGGUGGACUGCAUGCUGACGCCGUGGAGCGAGUGGCGACCCUGCUCCAAGACCUGCGGACCGGGCGCCGUACAGGAGCGGCACCGCACCAUCAAGCGGCACCCGAAGAACGGAGGGUCCAGCUGUGACGCCACUUUCGAACGGCGUUACUGCACGCUGCCACCGUGCGACUACCGACGACGCUAACCACCGGGAAGGCCCGUGGGCCAUCCCUCACGUCCCGCAACGGGACCGUGCACUAUCACGUGCCAAAACUGAAUGUGACCUGGGUAUGAGUACUUCAAGACGCCACCCCGACACGACCGCACACAUAUCGCCUGGGCCCUUCGACCACCUAUCUUUCUCGACACACCACUUCACGAAUCGACUACCGCCUCUGCUGUCUUGCUGCUGCCUAGGGCUACUGCUAUAGAACGCUGCUCUUAGACUGCAGAGCUAUGUAGGCUUAACUCGCACUCAGUUGUUCCCUUGAAGACGCAUCUCUCAACGCUGGUUAGCGCUGCUUCGAAGAUAGUUAAAGAAAACGGUGCUGCGAAAACAAAAGAAAACCUGCUCCAUGGCAUCAAGCUCCUUCUCGCCGACUUGCACUACUACUGCUCCAUUCAUCUAUGCUGCACAAUACGUCACUACACCACGUGACACCUUCUCCAGACGCUCGCUGAUUACGCUGUUCCUUUUGUCUUAAUCGCCGAGGUCGGCUGCGACGCUGUAGAUAUGCGUAGGCUGCUUCGUAGGGCACAAAUCGCAUUUCACUGACGCGUGGAAUAACGUCUACCAAUGAACGACGUCGAGUCGACUUGGCCUAUCGAAUUUGUGUGUGUACAGAACGCCGAGCUUUCCGUACUUGCAUGACCGAGGCUUAGCGGAAUCCCGAGAGUUGCCUCGAAACCGAGGCCGUAACGAUGACGCCAGCAGUGUUAUCACUGCUGCUCGUUCGUGUUCGAAGUAACUGUUACUAGUAAUCACGUGUUCGUGUAAAGGAGUGCAUACGAUGUUAUAAAAAAAAAAGAGAGUCCCGGUGUAAUUACGUGUUACCAUCAUUAACACUUGGUGUGAUUAAUAAUAGUAUCGUGCGUUGUGCCGUUAGUUAGGCUUUGUGAGUACUUCGAGAGUGUAUUGUAAAUAUUCCCGCACCAGUUUUGCCGGUGCUAUAAAAAGGAUGCUGUUGCAAGUUGAAAGCUGUUAAAAGUUCCUCCGUAAACAUGACGUAGGCACGUUACAGUACCGGGAGUUACAGUAAUGUGUUAAUAGUUCAUUGGCCAAAUUGAUACCUAACCGUUAGCAAUGUGGAAGCGACAAUACUUAUCUGCUGCUUCCUCGUUAAAGCAGCGUAGGAAAGUUUUCAUAUGUACAACUUUUGACCACAUUAGGCGAUUAAGUUACCUCAACACGAAUGCAAGUUACUUUGCACGAGAAUCCCGCACCCAGCUUUCUCUAGAGAAAUUGUCUCUCAGGUUUAAUUUCUCGGGUAUAAUUGCGGACGGCUGAUGAGAGUUUUUACGCUGAUGAAAGAUUUACGAAAUCAAAAGCACUUCACAAACAUGUGAGCGCCCAGGAGUUUGUACUCCUUGCAAAACGCCUCUGCUGACUAUGCAGGUGUUCUGAAGUCAAAGUAAUCUGUCAUCAUCUAAUAACAACCCGUGUUACAUUAAGCCUAUGGCUCAAUGUGUCUUUUUAGAAGUUUCUAACGACACCUAAUGCAGAAUCUGCGGAGGCAUGAUACAAACGUUCGCAUUCUCUCCUCCAUAUGGAAGCAGCUGAUCUGAUUAAUGUUUGGCCAAAUUUUACCUUCCUAUGGAGAUAAUCAUAGCAUUCGACAUGUCGACGCACUCACUGGUUAGCAAAAAGUGUUCUGUGCAUACGCUGACGCCUUAAUUCGUGGAAUAUUUGAAAGAAAAAUGUCACCAUUGCAUAGCACAGCACAAGUAAAGGUUCGGUGUUGGCAAACUUGAUUGGUUGUUAUGAGUAUGAAAGUCAAAUUUGUCAUUCGCAUAAGAUUCGGGACUCAAGGCUCAAAAGCUCCUGCAAGAAGAUUUUUUUAUCAAAGGCCCUCAACCUGAAAAUUUAUUAGUGUGUCGUGGCUUACAACAACAUACGACAGUGUGGUCGCGCGAUUAUUUUUAAGUAUUUCACCUAUAGCUUUAUUUCGACACGAGUGUCCUGCGAUUUACUCAUAAACUGCACGAGACGCGGUAGAGGUAGUGUGGUGACCACAUAUGUAAGCUUCGUGCAAUUAUCGAGGGGGCUACGGACGUACGCGUCGUAAAGCACUCCCAAUGCCCCCCACGACUGUUUCCCCGGAGUUCUCUGUAUUCCAAGUCCUGUCGUUCAUGGCAUGACCCCAGGAUGUCUCGAGCUGAAGAACAACACAGCCCGUUGCUUUGCCCGGUCAUUGCCAUAUUCCACGUCUUCCGAACGCGCCUUCAAAGGUGACCACGGCUGUGCCUGAGUUCAUCAGGGACAGCUUAGAAAAGAAGGCUUCUUUUUUCAAACGCUUUUGCAUCUAUGUGUCUAUUUAUCUCUUAUCUAUGUGUGUGUGUGUUUAGUGUGUAAACGCAACUUAAAGUUAGGUGGUGCCUUUAAGAAAACAGAAAGAGAAAAAGAUUCGCAUCUGCGUUGCCCUCCCUCUUUCCCCUCGUUUCAGUUUUUCGUCUUUCUCCCUCCAUUUAAUUGGGGUCAUCGAAGCUUCGCAGGCUGUCUCAGAUCUUCAGGGCUAUCGUGUUUUAGAGAGUUUUCGUGAUUUGAAGUGCGGCGCUGCACGAGAGUGGUUUCGUGCAUAUCGCCGGCCGAGCGAAGGGUACAGUGAAGUGUGUACGAACGCAUUUCGCAUCAAGCAAACACUUCACGGAGAUCACAUGACCCCAGCGAGAAGGCGAAUCACCAAAAGAGAUUGCAACCGUUUCAAUUUGACAUGCAAGUGACGUUUUCACUGGAGUAGCAGUCGACGCGAUAAUUCUGCAACGACCCGUGUCAUCCUCGGUUACUCAACACCCCGUGCGAGUUGGACCUUACUGUAGCGAAGUCAAAGCGAUUGAACAACAGCUUCGUUACAUCGAGAAUUCUUGUGAAACAUACUUGACACAAACAUGCAUUUAAUUAAGAGCGAUAACAGCAUAAUACUUGCUGGUGUUUUCUGUGUAAGACAUUGUGGGCAAAGACAACAGCAAGGAGACAACACACCUUUUAACUCGACUUCGGAUCGGCAGCUGGCCCCAUCUGGGAGAGCCAGCGCUAAGCUUCCGGUGAAAAAGACAUCUAAACGCAAAUCUAUGUCUCAAGUUGUCACUGUAAUGCAUUUACUGUAGCAUAAAGGGGACAUAAGUUUUGUGCAUUUUGAACACGCAAGGUCUGAAAACUUCUUUACAUAACACGAAGACGUCGAGUUUACAUCAUUUCUUCUAGAUAGUCAACUUGUCAGGCUUAAGGAUGAGUAAGGGAAAAUAAAAACAAUACUUAGUUACAUUGAAAAUUUCCAUUGUGAAAACCUGUUAAAUCGAAGUUUGGCGUUGUUCAGCCAUUGCUUAACCACGCAUUCUGUAUUGCCAAGAUUGAAGAUGAGCUCAUUGCAAUGACGUUGUCACGCUCGUUCAAGUCGAUCUCCUGGAGGUUUUUGUGUUGCUGCGAAGGCCUUUGUUUUUUCUUGUGUGUGGUGUUUCAUUAACAUUAGUCUUAAAGAUCAUAGCAGUUGAGUGUCGUCGUUUCGCAUAUAGCUUUCGAAGUGUUUGCACUGUUCUCCUGUUGUGAAGCAAAUAAUUAUUUUUGCCCCGUCUCUGUCAUUGGGUCCAGUGCUCAAAUCUUGCUUAUCUUGUCGCAAUAUCUUUGUACGGCAUUGGGCACACUGUGGUCGAUAUUUUUUUUAAGGACUAUUCCUUCCUUGGCCUCCUCCACCAACACUCUAUAACGGAGUACAGUGAAUACUUCCGUAUUUAUCGCACUAUCACAACUGAAUACCACGGGUCAGUGUUGGCUGAAUGAUGCCUUGUUCAGCUGGUGUUGGCUAUGUUCAGUGAAUGAUGGCUGGUGUUGUCGAAUAGAUGAAUGAUUACAAAUAUUGGCUACCAUUGACUAACUAUAGACCAAUGAUGUCUACUGUUGCUAAAUCAUGGUUAACGUGGCCAAAUGAUGUUAGCUUUUGCCUAGUGUAGGCUAUAUUUUUGGCUAUACGCCGUUACAAUCGCUACAUUGUCUUCACGAAGUCUCAGUCUCAUUGUGUUCUGUCAGAAAUGUUUUAGUUUCUCUGCCCUGUCUAACAGUUUUCUUAAUAUUGUGCCCGAAAUAUAUAAAAUGCACAGAAUCGGCGUGGCUAAAGUUUACUGCCGUAUGACAUUAACAAGCCAGUACCUUGUCAAAGGUUUCGGUACUGUCAAGUAUUGUGGUCAAAAUCACUAAAAGAUACUUAAGUAGGAAAUUUUGAAUUCAGAUGACAGUGUCUUCUAUCGACCUUCUUCGAUUGCCAAGAUGACGUUUUCGAAAAGGUAGAAUGAAUUUGUCGUUGCCAAAACGUAGGUAUUCUUGGACGGUGACGUGACCUAACACGUUCAACUGAAGUAAUCCUUCCAUCACACUGUUUUCGUUUACGUCGUUAACCAUAUUUAUAAACAAAGCUAAGCGCCAGCUACACAGAAGGUAUGAAUUGCUAGCUAAUCUGCCUGAAUAAGAAAACAAAAAAAAGCUAAAGUAAAAUCAGCCACACAGUUGGCCUGCGGGUAUGUCAUUGUUUCUGUUGUAUAACAAAUGCUUGAAACUGGUGGUUGUGCCCUUUACUUUCCUUACGUUGUUUCUUGUCGUCCUGUCUGCCUAUAGCCAGUGCGACUGUACAGUUAGAUCAUUGUUAAUCAGAUGCAAUAUUUCAUAAAAUAAAAUUU